GUUUUUAUCGCGAGCUUAGUUAAAUGCAUGUGCGCAUUCGUGCAAUUAAUAUUUUUAGUUAAUCAAACGCCUCGUACUCCGCUCAGAAUGUGCUAGAACGAUGUGAGCACCGCGAAGAGUGCGACAAGUGCAGCCGAAGCAUCAAUUUAAUUAGGAUAAAGUGCAAUAUUUACACAUAUAUAAACUAAAGUAUAAGGACAACGGUUCGUUAAAAAUAAACGGAGCAGCUUUCUUAAAAUCACCAUGGACUUUGAAGCGAGGGGCCAGCAAUACCAUUACAAGGACAUAUUGUUCGUGUUCUUGGAUGCAUUCAUUGAGGAUUUCGACUGCAAGGACGUCCAGGAUGUCCUGCAAAGUAUAUUCUCCAAGGAUGAGAUCGACCACAUUAUUAAAUCCAAGGAUGCCAGGACAGCCACUCUCCGCCUAUUUUGGACACUGCUCACCAAACAGGAGAAAACAGUCAAGGACUUUGUGGAAGAAGUUCUCAAUGCGAGCGAUCCGGCCAACUACGAAUUCCUGAUGGCUGCCAUCAAGGAGGAGCUCCAGCACCCCAGCAUAGAGACCAGGACAUACAUCGAGGAGCGAGAUCGCUUGUAUAACGAUAACCAAGUGUUCGCCAAGUAUAACGUUAAUCGCCUGCAACCGUAUCUGAAGCUGACGCAGGCUCUCCUAGAACUUCGUCCAGCCAAAAAUGUCUUGGUCGAUGGCGUCUUGGGGUCGGGAAAGCAUUGGCUAGCUCUGGAUGUUUGCUCAUCUUACAAAGUGCAGCGCAAGAUGGACUUUAAGAUCUUUUGGCUGAACUUGAAGAACUGCAACAGUCCCGAGACCGUCUUGGAGAUGCUGCAGAAACUGCUUCACCAGAUCGAUCCCAAUUGGACAAGUCGUAAUGACCAGGGCAGCAACAUCAAGCUUCGUAUUCACAGCAUCCAGGCGGAAUUACGCCGCCUGCUGAAGAGCAAACCCUAUGAGAAUUGUCUUCUUGUCCUGCUGAAUGUCCAAAAUGCCAAGGCUUGGAAUGCCUUCAAUCUGAGCUGCAAGAUUCUGCUAACCACAAGGUUCAAGCAGGUUACCGACUUUCUCUCGGCAGCUACCACAACUCACAUAUCGCUGGAUGAUCAUUCGAUGACGCUUACUUCGGAUGAAGUUAAGUCUUUGUUUCUGAAAUACCUCCACUGUAGGCCGCAAGACUUGCCCCGAGAAGUGCUCACAACGAAUCCCCGCAGACUGAGCAUCAUUGCCGAGAGCAUUCGGGAUGGUCUGGCCACUUGGGACAACUGGAAACAAGUAAACUGCGAUAAGCUGGCCACCAUCAUUGAGAGCUCUUUAAAAGUUCUAGAGCCUACUGAGCACAGGAAAAUGUUCGACAGACUGUCUAUAUUCCCUCCCUCCGCCCACAUACCCAUAAAUCUCCUAUCGCUGAUUUGGUUCGAUGACAAAUCCGAUGGCGACGAUGCCAUGGUUGUGGUGAACAAGCUCCAUAAGUAUUCGUUGGUGGAAAAGCAAUCCAAAGAGUCAACCAUAAGUAUACCCGAAAUAUACUUGGAGUUGAAAGUUAAGGUUGACGAUGUUCCUGCUCUGCAUCAGAGGAUCGUCGAUCACUAUAACAUCACAAAGGCCUUCGAUCACGAUGACUUGAUACUGCCAUCACUGGAUAAAUAUUUCUAUAGCCACAUCGGGCAUCACCUGAAGACCAUUGAGCCCACCGAGCGGGUGACUCUGUUUCGCAAGGUCUUUUUGGACUUCCGCUUCCUAGAACAAAAGAUUCGGCACGAUACAACGGCUUGGAAUGCCAGCGGAUCGAUAUUGAACACUUUGCAGCAGCUGAAGUUCUACAAGUCAUAUAUUUGCGACAAUGACUCCAAGUACGAGCGCUUAGUGAAUGCCAUUCUGGAUUUCUUGCCAAAGAUCGAGGAGAAUCUUAUUCGUUCAAAGUUUACGGACCUCCUCAGGAUUGCCUUGAUGGCCGAGGAUGAGGCGAUUUUCGAAGAAGCACAUAGGCAAGUGCAGCGAUUUAGCGAUCGAGUUUGGUUUACAGAGCAUGGUCGUUUCCACCAGCAUCGCCAAAUCAUCAACCUGGGCAAUAAUGAGGUGCGCCACGCCGUUUAUCUUAACAACGACUUUUGCUUAAUGGCGCUGGGCAGCAAGCAGCUGCUGCUAACCGAUGUUUCGCUGGAGGCAGAGGACACCUACCUUCUGAGGGACGAGAAUGACAGCAGUGACAUCCUGCGGAUGUCUGUGUUUAACCAACAGAAGCACUUGAUCACCCUGCACAGCAACGGCAGUGUGAAGCUCUGGUCCUUGUGGCCCGAUUGCCCGGGAAGGCGUCACAGUAAUGGCAGCAAGCAGCGGGUGCGUCCUCCUGCCCUCGCCCAUCUUCGAAAGCCCACGGGAACGCGCACCUAUCAGCAGCUAGUCAACAGCGUGAUCAAACGCUUCAUUGGCAGCUACGCAGAUCAGAAAAUUUUGGCUUUCUACUUGGAUGAAGACGCCGGAUUGGAGGAUACCAAAAUUCAAUUGCACGUGGCCCUCAGCAAUGGUGAUGUGACCAUCUUGAACUGGGAUGAGCGAGAUCAGAUGUUUAAACCUUCGCACACACCUCUCCUAAAAACUCUCCAGUCGGAAAUCCGCUGCUUUGUUCACGUAUUGAAGCGAUAUUACGUGGUAUGCACCUCCAGUUGUGCGCUGACUGUGUGGGAUUUGCUUAAUGGUUCCGGCGAUAAGCCGGAUCUUCCUGGUUUUGAUGUCGCUAACGACACGCCGUUGGCUUUGGAGGCGUUCGACGAAAGGAAUCAAAAUGCCACCGUGUUGCUGACUUUCAAGUACAGCGUUUGGCGGCUUAAUUUCAUCCCAGGUCCCUCCGUUGAGUUGAAAUCGGAGGCGGUGCAGCUUCCAGAGGGCAGUUUCAUCACCUGCGGCAAGCGUUCGGCUGAUGGACACUACCUCCUGCUGGGAACCUCCGAGGGACUCAUUGUGUAUGAUCUCCGAAUCUCGGAUCCCGUACUGCGCAGCAAUGUCAGCGAACACAUCGAGUGUGUGGAUAUUUACGAGCUGUCCGAUCCCGUCUAUAAAUACAUCGUCUUGUGUGGUGCGAAGGGAAAGCAGGUGGUCCAUGUCCACACGUUGCGCACCGUCAUCGGGCCGCAUCCACAUCACAACCGUGGAAUCGCCUGGGUUCACAGUGCAGAUGAGAAAAGUGUGAUGACCAGGGCUUGCCUGGAGCCCAAUGUCUACCUCCGCUCACUGAUGGACAUGACCAGCAAGCGGACGCAACUGCUGGCCGUGGACUCCAAGGAGCGCAUCCAUCAAAUUGAAACUGCCACCGAUCCAAGUGCUCGAAGGAGAUCUAGUAUUUCCGCCUGGUCCACGAUCACACCUACUCAUGCUGCCAGUAACCCUAAGAUAACUGCCAUAUCUGCCCUCAACGACGAUCAGAUCUUCGUCGGCUACGUGGACGGAGUGACCAUAGAUGUUAAUCUGGAUUCGGUGAUACCUCAGCAGUUUAUAACAGAGCCCAUUGAUUACCUCAAGCAGAUCAGUCCGGAAAUACUGGUGGCCUCGGCUUACAGUGCCCAGAAGACGGUGGUAUUCCUGCUGGGGAAGUCAGAUGAGCAAUGGCCAUUGAAGCUUGAUGUGGGCACCAAGUAUGCGUCUCUAGUAAGGGGACGAUUUAUCAUCUUGUUUUCCGAGCACGGAGUCUGCCAUUUGGAUUUAGCCAGCCCAUCCCCGCUUGUGAAGCCUGAGGAGUCUGAAGAAUCCCUUGUGGGCUUUGAUUUGAAAAACGAUCUUCUCUUCCUGGCCUACGGAAACAACAUCAUCGAGGUAUUCCGUUUAAUAUUCAGUGGCAACCAACUGAGGCUCGAACUGAUCUGCGAUGAGAAGAUCGCCCAGAAGGCUAGGAUCAGCUACUUGGCGGCCACGGAGGAUGGCACCAUGUUUGCACUGGGCUUCGAGAAUGGAAUUAUAGAGCUCUUUGCCCUGGACAACAGGCAACUGCAACUGAUCUACAGCAUUCAGGAGGUCCACCAGCACUGCAUCCGCCAGCUGCGCUUCUCGCCCUGCAAGCUUCUCCUGAUUAGCUGCGCGGAGCAGCUGUGCUUCUGGAACGUGACGCACAUGCGCAAUAACCAGAUGGAGCGGCAGCAGAACCAGCGGCGCAGUCGUCGCUACAAGCUGCACAGUGUGACGCAGGAGGAUGCUGUGGAUGCGGCGCCCAUUGGGCCGGAUAUCGAUGUUGAUCUCACUUUCGUUGCCCGCGAAUUCAUUUCAGAGAGCCGCGAGGAGGUGGCCCUGUGGCGGAAUAAGCGCGGCAAUGCCAUCCGCCCGGAACUCCUGGCCUGCAUCAAGUUCGUGGGCAAUGAGGCUAGUCAGUUCUUCACCGACGCCCAGUUCUCCCACUUCUAUGCCAUAGAUGACGAGGGCGUCUACUACCAUCUUCAGUUGCUGGAGCUGAGUAGACUGCAUCCGCCACCGGAGCCAGAUCCCGUGGAGAUUACCGAUCUCUCGCUGGAGGAGAUCGAGGACUUGCAGUAUGUGGACUUGAAGGAUCUCAGGAUACUCGAAAGCCCACUUGACCUGGAUGAGGAUAUCGAAGGUGCUGAUGUGGUGGGUAAUCUGGUUCUGGAGCGGAACAGCAGAGUGGAGGAGGCACAACCAAUCCUGGAGGAGACCAGCUCAUGACGCCAGUGGUGGUGCGCCUCCUGGCGGCGCACGAACCCAGAGAGCCCAAACUACAAUAUGGCAUUUAUAGGAUUACUGCUGUACUACCUGGUGGUAUUGCUCUUCUACCUCCUAGUGGGCCCCGACUUGUCCUAGGCACACAUGUGUACUGUGUGCAUUGGCGAGUGUAGACAACCCAUGUAGACCAAGUACGAUAUCUCAGAGGGCGGUGGGUGCGUUGCCCUGCCUUUUGUUAGGCAACCCGAGAAACCGCCACCAAAUAAACGACAUUUUACGAAAAGACA